AUGGAUUACCAACCACUUAUCUCAGCCCUAGAUGUCCGCACCGAACCACUAUCUGUUGAUGAUCUCUUCGGCAUGGUGGCGAACUUUGAUCAGCGCAUGGAGCUGUUCCAGGGUACAGACGCCAGGGCCUUCAAGUCCUUGGCAAACAGUGCCUCACGGGGACAUGGCGGCGCUCCCAAGGGCGGCUACCACAACUCACCCAAGGGUGGAAACGGCGGCGGCAACAGCAACUACAACAACGGUGGCGGCGGCUACCGCGGCAACAACAGCGGAGGUGGUGGUGGCAGCUACAACCAGGGCGGCAGCGGUGGCUACCGCGGCUAUGGUGGUGGCUACAACGACGGCGGUGGCGGGGGCUACUACAACAACAAUGGCCCCCCACGCCAUAACUACAACAACAAUCAAGGUCGCCAAGGCGGCCGCUUCACCGGGUAUGAAGAAUAUGAGAACAAGUGUUAG